AGAAGAAAAGAAUAACGAAAGGAAGAAAUAAUAGUAAUAAUACUAAAAGAAAGAAAGAAAAAGAAAAAAGAUAUGGAAGUAUGGUUAUUUUGAUUGUCAAAGAUCAUUGCCAGAAGAGAAUAUGAAAAAACCAGGCAGAAAGUUAUAUCCCUUGCAAGAUUAAAGUAGAUUCUUUAUCAUCUAUUCUGACCACCAAGCCCAAGAACCUUAGAAAUUUUCUUUACCAUUUGGAAGAUCAAACCAAAGAAAAAGGAAAGGAAAUGCAUACCUUCAAGAAACUCAAAUUUUUAGGUUCUCUCCAGCUUCUAAUCCUCAAUCUCUUCUUCAUCACUUGUCUGUCCCAACACACAUCUUCAAUCUUAUGCGGAAAAAUCCCAAUUCAGAUUCCAUUUAUCAGUUCUAAUUCAACUGUUUCAUCCCUUUUAAAUCACUCGAUGCUAUGCAGAUCUCAUAAGUUGUACUUCAGAACCUCUCUUGGUCUUUUUCCAGUUUCUUCAGUCAACUACACAACUAAAACAUUAACCAUUUCUCACCCUUCUCGCUCUUCUUCACAACAUUUUAUCUCUCCUGCUCUUCUAUUAGCUGGUUUUCCUACUCCUCUAACGCCAAACUCACUUCUUCUCUUCAACUGCUCAAGCAAAAAUCAUCCAGGGACAUCUUUUAUAGGUAACUGCAGUCGCUUGAAGGCUUUUGCAGCUUCUUCUCAAAAUCAAGAGCAAGAACUUGAAGUCCCUUACUCAUGUUUACUAGUCAACGACAUUGAAAAGCUUGACGGGGGUUUUCAUCCAAAAGAUUUGAAUUGUUCGCAUUACAGACUGGUGUACAGAAGUUCUUCGAAAGAUGAUGACUACAGUGAAUAUGAGUUAGGGAGCAGGAUAUCUUUCGACAUUCCUGAUCAUGUGCCAGAUAUCUGCAACGAAUGCCAAAAGCCUAAUGGAAAUUGUGGAGUUGGACUGAGGUGUAUAUGUCAUCCUAAAGAGUGUAAAGACAAGGUCAUUUCUAUAGCUGGAUCAGUCAAGCAAUUCGGUAACAAUGUACUCAUCUCUGUACUUUCUUUCAUUGUAAUCUUUGUUUCCUUCACGGACUUUUGAUACAAGAAACUAAAAUACUGAGCUUAUACCAAAUAUUUGUUGCUUUUUUCAAUUCUCAUUAAUGUUGUAUCAGAAAUCCAAUCCAAAUUCUAGUUCUAGGUUUACCAA